AUGGAGGAUCCAGCGCAGGAUAUCAAAAAUGUCCUCCAGGCCUUAACCCAGGGGACACCAGAAGCCCAGCAUGACGCCAUCUACCGCUACUUUGCGCCCGGUGCCGCAUUCGAGCAUCCUUUCUGCUGGGUUCCGUCCUUCAAGAACUUGAAUGUACCUUUUGUGGGCGAGAUCGACUCCCGAAUACUCAUUGCCGCCAUCUACAGGUGGUACAAGAUCCUCAGCCCCAAGAUCGAGCUAGAACUUGAAUCAUGCGUCUACGAUGAACGUGCCAACCUCCUCUAUCUCACCAUCUUCCAGGUCUUCUCCAUCUGGUUCAUCCCCUUCCACCGCGCCCCGGUACGCCUCGUCACUGUCCUGCACCUAACCCCCGCCCACGCCCCCGGAGACGGCACCCCGCCUCCCACAUACGACGCCGCCCAGGAAAAGCUCCAAGCUGUUCUGGAAGGCAACGAGCCGAGCUACGCAGCCGUUACUGGCGGAUCAGCCGGUUCCCAAACGCAGCGGAAAAAGAAGGACGGGAACAGCAAACCCCCGCCGACCUCCGACGCCGCCAGCAAGGCCACUGGUUCCGGCUCGGACUCGGGCUCCAGUUCCAGCACCGCCUCGACGCGGUACCUGAUCAAGACGCAGAAGGACUUAUACCAGGUGAACGAGUUCUUCAAGUUUGUCACCCUGACGCCUCUGCUUCCCAUCAUCAUCGGCUUCCUGCAGGUGCUCGCCACCCUGGCCUGCUGGGCUGGCGAAACCACCUUGGGCCCCGUGAUGAAAUUUGUCUGGCCGGCAAAGGGGAAGGAGAAGGCCUAG